GAAUGUAAUAACUAAGGCAAUAUGAAUGUAAUAACUAAGGCAAAAUGGAGACACUAUCUUUUGACUGCUUGUAUGUACCAUCUUGCAUACUCUUUUGUCACCGUGUUGGUAAAUUUGAAAUGCGCAGAGGAAGAUAAGGGGUACUUCCUCCGAGUCAUACAAUUAUCUGGAUAAUGGCUUCCCCGCUUCACCUUAUGCUUCCACAUUCCUCUGGUUAUUAUAGGUUGCACAUAUCAUGUAAUCAUUUUGUACAACCAGCAACACAUUUAUUCAAUCCUUUGUCCAAGAGCCAUAAGAAGAAUGUUUUUUCUUUUCUCAGUUCGACUUGUUAUCUAGAAGAGUUCAAGCUUCAUAGAAGAGACACACAGCAUACAAAUUGUGGGCUAAGAGAAGGUGAACAGCAUGGGGUGGAUUUUAUGUCUCUCACUUCUUUAAAUUAUAAUGCAGAAAAGAGGCAGCCAUCUGAGAUGGAAAGACAUUCUAGCAACUCUUUUUUGAGCAAAUAUUUGAAUGCAAGUAAGGAUGAUUUAUUGGUGAGAUCUAUGGGUCAAAUUUGUGCGAACUUGGUGGGACGAAGGAUCUUUCUUUCAUUAUCUUCCAUAUGCUUAUCUUCAUUGCUCACAGUAUGUGCAAAUCCUGCAUCAGCUAAAACAGAUCAAAGGACUUUUUAUGAUGAAAAACGCUUGCUUGAGCAAAAUAGGCGCAUUCAAAAUGCAAAUAGUGCUCCUCAAGACUUCCCAAACUUUAUCAGAGAAGGUUUUGAUGUAAAGGUUGUAACAUCUGAUAGCUAUGUCAAGUGCGACUCAGGACUUAUCUAUUGGGACAUUAAAGAAGGUGAAGGUGACUACCCCAAGUCCGGUCAGCAGAUAGUUUUUAACUACCAGGGAUAUAAUGAGUCAGGUCGCCGAAUAGAUAGCAGCUAUCAACAAGGUGGGCCAGCUAAGACACGUGUUGGUAUUAAUGGAUUGGUUCCAGGUUUCGAAGAAGGUAUUCGAACAAUGAGGCCAGGUGGGAAGCGAAGAAUAGUUGUUCCACCAGAACUUGGUCCACCAGUAGGACCGUCCACCUUUUUCAGUUCAAAGCAGUUCGAGGUUUUUGAUGUGGAACUCGUGAGUGUGCAAGAUUGCAAGCGCAGAACUUUUUUAUUUUACUCAGAUGUUGUAUGUGAUUGAGACUGUAAGAUGCUUUUCAUUUCCAUAGAUUAUUGUUGCACAAUUGUACGUAUUAAUUUAAUAUUCUUUAAUUUAUGAGCCAUCAUCAUAAUACAUGUUUUUGAUAGUAACUUUAAGGCUUGCAAGGCAAUUUGAAAUUUGAGUUUUCACACGUCAAAGGAAAUAGAAAUGUAUAUUGUUUCUUGGCAUGGAUGGAAGUAUCAAAAUAAUAGAUCAGAGAUAGCAUAUGAGAAAUUUGAUCACUGAACUUUCAACUUGUAAUUCCUGUGGCAAACAAAUAAAUAUUAUUAAUAUAUAUUAAUAUUAUA